AUGAAGUUACUUUUGGUUCUAGCUUGCGUUGUCCUCUACGCUUCUCUCGCCUAUGCCCAGGAUCGCUGCGAUGGACGUCCUAGCGGGCGUCAGAAUUGCGUCGGCGGCAAGAACGAAGGACGUGGGGGAGGGCAUUGCCACAGAACUGCCAUGGACGAAAUGUGGUACUAUAACCAGAGAUCCGGGAGGUGCAUCAAGAUGAAGUACCUCGGAUGUGGCGGCAACCAAAACCGCUACUGCUCCUUAAGACACUGUCAAAGGUCGUGCCCAUGA